CCAUCCAGGCAGAUCCAGGUCCAGGGUUAUGUAUGUACUUCAAGGGACGUAAAUGACGUAUGAAUUUUACAACACAAAAACAACUUCAGGGCUUUGAUAUUUUUUAUAAUUUUUCGAUUUCGAGUAUAAAUUUUUCUUUGUUUGAUAAGUGUACGUAAGUAGACGAAAAAAAAAAAACAAUACUUGUAGUUGUGUAGCCGUUCUUUAACAUUUAUGAGUGUAUACACACUUAUAUGCCCAAAUUAGUAGAUCAAUGUUAUUCACAAGUAUGGAAUUAUAGUGUGUGAUCUAAUAAUUGAAAUACCAUUAUCACAGCAUCUUUAAAUUUGACACUUAUAUUUUGUUCGAGUUAAUGGAUCAAUCACAAUGAUGGAGUUAAGCCAUAGUUUAACAUUAAAUGAAGAUGCCCUGGAUCAAAUUCCUGAAGCAAAACGACCUGUUUUUGUAUUUGAGUGGCUACGAUUCUUAGAUAAAGUUUUAGUCGCAGCACAAAAAAAUGAUAUCAAAGGUUGUCAACAAAAAUUGGUUGAACAACUGUGCAGACAUAUGCAAAAUGCACCAGGCCCGCCGACACGUAGACUAAUAGCUCGAUGUCUAGCUACAUUGUUUAGCGUUGGAGAUACAUUUCUGCUGUUUGAUACUGUCAAUAAAUGUAAUGAUAUCCUGAAGAAUAGGGAUGAUUCUCCAAGUUUUCUCCCUACAAAACUAGCCGCUAUAUGCUGUGUUGGGGCCAUGUAUGAGAAGUUAGGUCGUAUGAUGGGAAGAUCGUAUGAAGAAACAGUUCAAAUUCUCAUAAAGUCACUACGAUCAGCAGAAUCUCAAGCCAGAAUUGAAAUAAUGCAUACGUUAGAAAAAGUGUGCGCUGGAAUGGGUUCAGCGAUAAUAAAUGUACAUAAAGAGAUAUCUAAAGUUGCUCGUAAUUAUUUGAUAGACAGAUCAAUGGCUGUAAGAUGUUCUGCCGCAAAAUGUCUUUUAGAAAUGUUAAAUCACGCUCCAUUUCUUUAUACUACUGAAAUUGAAGCCAUGGCAACAUUAUGUUUCAGAGCAUUUGAAGGUUCUAAUUAUGAAGUACGAUGUUCUGUUGCUAAAUUAUUAGGUACUUUAUGUGCAAUGACACAACUUCCAAUUUUAAAAUCAAAGAAUCCUAUGAUCGCGCAAGCUAAAAGUAAUAAACCAAUAUCACUUGAAGAAGUUUUAAAUUUAUUAAUGGGUGGAUUUUUACGAGGUGGAGUUGGAUUUUUGAAAGGAACUGGAGAAAUCAUAAAAGGAAAUUCAGGUGUUAAUAAAGAAGUUCGUGUAGGUGUGACACAUGCUUACGUUGUUUUUGUCCAAAUAUUAGGCGGAGCAUGGUUAGAAAGAAAUAUUGGAGUAUUUGUUUCUCAUGUUCUUGAUCUUGUAGCAAAUCCUAAAGCUGCAAACUCUCACAUAGAUGCUGUUUACUCUAGAAAGUGUAUAAAUUUCGUUCUUCGAGGAACUAUUGGUAAACUAUUAGGAGAAGGAGCUCAAGCAGCGGCAUGUAAAGAAAUAGCUCAUAUUAUUUUAAAGCAAAUGAAUUCAAUUGAUUUUAACCCAGAAAAUGCUAAAGACUUUAAUCAAGAAACACUCUUUAGUCAACAUUUAUUGGUUUGUGCAUUACAAGAAAUAGGUAAUUUAAUGCUCAGUCUAGGAACAACUGCAUCCAAUUUAAUCUUGGACCAUUCAUUGUGUCUGAUUGAUACAAUUAUGGCAGUAUUAAUACAUCCAUGUCAAGCGGCACGACUAGCAGCCUCAUGGUGUCUUCGUUGCAUUUGUGUUGCUGUUCCAAGUCAAAUUACACCUUUGAUUGAUAGAUGUGUAGAAGGUAUUGAAAAUAUGCGAAGUUCCCCAGAAGCUAUUGCUGGAUACAGCAGCGCUCUUGCCGCGGUAUUAGGCAGUGUCAGAUUAUCUCCAUUAGGAGUGCCUCAUACUAAAGGAAAAAUAAUAUUUAACACUGCUGAAGAAUUGUUAAGAAGUGCUAAUCAAAAUAGCCGAUUAUCUCUUAAUAGAACUCAUGCUGGUUGGUUAUUGAUUGGAGCUAUUAUGACUUUGGGUACUGCUGUCGUAAAAGGAUUACUACCAAGGAUGCUUUUACUAUGGCGAAAUGCUUUUCCGAGAUCUGCUAAAGAAUUGGAAAGUGAGAAAGCCCGAGGUGAUGCUUUCACUUGGCAAGUUACUUUGGAAGGUCGUGCAGGCGCACUCUCAGCUAUGCACAGUUUCUUGUUACACUGUCCCGAACUUUUAAAUGAUGAUAUUAUUCGUAGACUACUUACACCUAUUGAAUCUGCACUUGCAAUGCUUAUAAAUCUCUCACCGGUUGUUAAAAAUUACAGUCAACAACUAAAAGCACCAACGGCGAUGGUUCGUCUUCGAUUGUAUGAAACACUCUUACUCUUACCACCUCAAACCUUUGAGGGCUCAUACACUCAUUUGCUUAGAAUGUUGGUCUCUGAGUUUACACUUACAGAAAAUCCAGGGAAUACUACAACAUCAUUACUACGAAUCGUAUGCCAUGCCAGUGAUUCUGUAAUUUUAGGAACUUGGCUUCAAGAAACUGAACAUCGCACUAUUGAAGAUCAGAUGGAACCUAAUCGAAGAGCAGAUAUAGAACACUUACAGCCCAACAGUGCUGCAGGUUCCGGAGCACUUGAACAUAAUGCAUGUUGUUUAUACAGACCUGUAUCAGCGAAUGAAAUGAUUCCCGGACCACUUCCACUUGGUGUUGCAGUAAUUGAUUUAUCAGUAUCAUUAUUUGGUCAAAUAUUUCCUCGAGUUGCCAACAAGCAUCGUUUGCAAAUGUUGGAUCAUUUUGGAGAAUGUAUCAAACAUGCUAAAUCCGGUCGUCAAGAAGCUAUACAAAUGAAUGUAUUUACAGCCGUAUUAAGCGGUUUAAAAGGGCUCAAUGAAACAAAAACCGGAUUUAGGCAAGAAGACGUUAAGAAAUCAGCAACAAAUUUAAUUGUAAGCACACUUGUUAGCAAUAAUUCAAUUUUGCGAUGGGCCGCUGGAGAAGCUGUUGGCCGUAUGGCGCAAGUUAUUUCAGAUUCAAAAUUUACAGCAGAACUAGCUCAAAUGAGUUUUGAUCGUUUGAAAUCAGCACGAGAUGUUAUUACUAGAACCGGUCAUUCAUUGGCACUAGGCUGUUUGCAUAGAUACGUGGGAGGAAUGGGUUCAAGUCAACAUCUAAAUACAAGUGUUAGCAUCCUUUUAGCUCUUGCUCAAGAUAAUACAUCUCCGGUAGUCCAGGUAUGGGCUUUACAUGCUCUAGCGCUUAUCGCAGACUCUGGAGGUCCAAUGUUUCGCGGUUAUGUUGAGCCUACAUUAUCAUUAAUACUUAUGUUACUAUUAAAUGUAUCACAUUCACACAUUGAUGUUCAUCAAUGCAUCGGAAAGGUUUUGUCUGCUUUAAUAACAACCAUCGGGCCAGAACUUCAAGGCAAUACGUCAUCUAUUUGUACAGCUCGACAAUCUUUUCUAUGUGCUUGUGCAAUAAUGCAAGAUCAUCAAGAUCCUUUAGUUCAAGCUGAAGCUACUGGAUGUCUUCAACAGCUGCACUUAUUCGCACCACGUCACGUUAAUUUAUCUUCACUUGUGCCAACUUUAUGCCGUACUUUGUCAAGUAAUCAUUUACUUCUUCGUAAAGCUGCAAUAUCAUGUUUAAGACAACUCGCUCAACGUGAAGCCAAAGAAGUAUGCGAACAUGCGAUGAGCUUGGCAAAUGAAAGCAGAGAUACGAAUGUUGUUGAAGGAUUAACGAUAACAGAGACAGGCCUUCCAGGAGUUCUUUUUAGUUUAUUGGACAUCGAAACUGAUAGUGGUCUUAUUAAAGAUAUACACGAUACUUUAACAAGUAUGCUUCAAAUGUUAGCAGCCAACAACCUUUCUCAAUGGAUUGCUCUUUGCAAAGACGUACUUACUGUAGCAUCAGAGGCUAGUACAUGUGAAGAAUUAACAACAAUAAAUAGUGACGAUGUUACAGCAGAUAAUGACAGCGCUGAUGCAGAAGGUGAUGAUGAUCAAGCUGAAUUUCAUGCUGAUGAAUCUAAACAACGUCCCAGUGUGUCUCCAAGAUGGCCAACGCGUGUGUUUGCUGCACAAUGUGUUCGCCGUAUCAUAACAGCAUGUAUAAAUCAUAACAAACAAGCACAUUUUGACUUAUCUGUGGCCAAAGAAUUGCAACAAGUAAAAGGUCGAGGUGAUUAUUUAGUUUUACAUCUUUCUGAUCUUGUACGAAUGGCUUUUAUCGCUGCUACCAGUGAUUGUGAUCCAUUGCGUUUAGAAGGGUUAAAAACUCUUCAAGAAAUAAUUGACAAGUUUGCCAAAGUACCUGAACCCGAGUUUCCUGGACAUUUACUAUUAGAACAAUUCCAGGCCCAAGUAGGAGCUGCUUUAAGACCAGCAUUUUCUGCAGAGACACCGUCUCAUGUUACUGCUGCUGCUUGUGAAGCCUGCAGUGCUUGGAUUGGUAGCGGAGUAGCUCGAGAUCUUAAUGAUCUUCGACGUGUUCAUCAGUUGCUUGUUUCAUCUUUGGAAAAAUUACGUCAAGGUCAUACACGUCCGCAAUUGUACAAUGAAAGUCUUUCAACUUUAGAAAGAUUAGCUAUUCUUAAAGCUUGGGCUGAAGUAUAUGUUGUAGCGAUGAUGAACAAUGGAUCUACACCAAAUUUACGUGGUUCUUCAUUACGAAAUAUCAAUAAAACAACAGAUACAGAUAACGAUGAUUUUGGUCAAUUCGAAUUUCAAAAUGAAAGUCUUUUGAGUUUAGUACAACCUGAAUUAUUGAGUUUAAGUCAAUAUUGGCUUUCAGCAUUACGUGAUCAUGCUUUACUUUCAUUACCACCGGAAUUUGCAAGUCAAUUACCUCACGAUGGAGGUGCAUUCUAUACAACAGAUACAAUGGAAUCUGCGAGACCUUAUUACAUAAAAUCAUGGGCGCCAAUUCUUCAUGCUGCAGCUUUAUGGUUAAAUGCUAAAGGAUUUGAGAUCAAUCAAUCUACUACUGAUAGUAUUCCAACAACACCUAAUAAUAAUUCUAGUAAUAAUAAUAAUAAUAACAACAACAACAACAACAACAAUAAUAAUAAUAAUCCUACUGACAAUAAUAUAAAUGAUUCAAAAUCAAAUGCAAAUAUUGAACAUUUUCAUCUUCUCUUUGGUAUUUGUAUAGAAGCACUCUGUAGUUCACGUUCUUCCGAGUCCACACAAAAUAUUAAAACAUGUCUUAGUGCUUUAUUUACUUUCUUAGAUUCGACAUGGGUUAGAAAAAUUUUAUUGGCUGAUAUCUCACUUCCCAUUGAACUUUGUAACGUUCUUCAUAGACUUUUAUUGACCCAAGACAGUUACACAAUUCAAAUGAUGACAAUGGAAGUACUAAAGCAAAUAGUAAAAGCCUUCGAAGAAAAUUUAUCAGAGAAAAAAUUAGUUAAGUUGAAACAACUGAUACCAGCUAAUUCAGAGACAAGAGAUAUUGAAGAAUUAGAACUAGUGGGUGAAGGCGGAGAAACAGGAGAGUUAAUACCCGGAAAAUCAUUUGUUUUCGCAGUUUUAGAAAUUUGUCUUUGUCUUUUAGUACGACAAAUACCUCUUUUGAAUCCUAACCCUGAAGGAACUACCGCCAUUUUAUCUCAAAAAGGAUACAUUGCUUCUGAAGAAAAUGGAAGACUUAUUACUUUAACUCUUAGUAUUAUGGAAACUCUUCCAUCACUUUGUUCAAUGCAAGGUGCUCUAUCAAUUCUUCCAACACUUCUUUAUUUAACUACUGGUAUUAUACGAGAAACUGGAGUCAGAGUUGAUAAUCAAAGCAUCAGGAUAGCGUCCGAAGCGCCUAUUCAUGCUUCGUUACAUUGUUUAAAGAGUUUUAUUACAAAUAAAUAUUCAAGGUAUGAAAAAAGUAAGCAGCAAUGGACUGAAUUACUUCAAAGUGCUCUUGCAAAAAUAAUUGAUUUAGCUAAAUCAGGAAAUGAUGAAACGAAAAUGGAUGAAGUUACCAUGACGCUUGGUAUUGCUGUUUUUGUUCUUCAUGCAUUACCAGAAGUUGUAAGCGCGCCAAACAUACAAUUUCCUUGUAUCAAUCAUUUUAGACAAUCUUUUCAGUCUAACAAUACAAUGGUGAGGUUGAAGUGUGUCCAAACACUAAAAACAAUAUUCUUGCAUCCGGAUAGAAGUAUUAGCACUCCUUACAUCCAUGCUCUUGCACCUCGAAUAGUAGAAUAUUUAUAUAGUGAUCAAAGUAAACAAGUUGAAAAUGAUUUGGAAUUGUCGUUCACUUUAGAAUGUAUUAGUACUAUUGAAGCUCUUAUUGCACUUGCUGAAUCUAAGAAUCGAGAUCUAAUGCAAGGAAUUCAAAUGCUUACUCUUCUUGUUCCGAUACUAAUAAAUUUCUUAUUAGAAGAAGAUAAAUUACAACAUGGAAGUCGAUGGCAAAUAAGUCUACAUCAACAAAGUUUUCAAUGGCUAAAUAAAAUUGGUCCAAAGUAUCCUCAAGAAUUUAAGACUUUGAUGUCACAAUCGACUGAAUUAAAGACCAAAUUGGAGAAUGCAGUGCAUUUGAACCAUCAGCAAGCUCGGAGACACUCCAAACAAUCAGAAACGAUAAAACCAUUAUUUACUAAAAUAGUUACUCCAUCAAUUAAAUUAAAAACUGAUUUUUCAAAUUUUAAUUAAGCUACAAAAAGAUUUAAUUUAUGAAAAAAAAAAAGUCAUAGUUAUUAAACGCUUUUAUAGUGAUAUUACAAUUAAUUUUAUUACAUAUAAUUAAUUUAAAUUUUAAAGUUUACUACCGAUAAAAUAGAUUUUUUUAAAUGCCAACUAUAAAUUAUGUGAAAUAUCAUAGGCAUAUGAGAACUAAAAAUAUAAAUGAUAUGCGUUCGAUAUUUUUAAAAAUGUAUUUUUUUAAUUAUAAUUGCACAAAUUUUAUGAUUUUUACGAAAAUUAAAUGGAUUAUCUAUAAAAAAUGUAGUAUUUAGAGCACGAUUAAAUAUAAA